AUGGCCUCGGCCCUCUCCACGCCCCCGAGCGAUCCUCGACACUCGACCUCAUCGCAGCCCUCGCAGGCCUCCUCCACCACCCUGCACUCCGCCCACGACCCCCACCGCCACGACCAUGCCGACCCGGCCGCCGGCAAGAGGCGGAAGCUGCUGGGGCGCGUCGACUCCUCCGCCGCCGCCCAACAAAACAGCGACACGAGGCCGCAGGGGCUGUUGGGCGCCGAUCUAGGGGAGCGCGACAAGAGGCGCCGCCUGCCCAGGCGAUCGGGAGGCUUCCUUUUGGACGCUGCUCUGCCCGGCUCCAGCGCGCGCCGCCGUUCUCGGGAAACCCGCGCCGAGGAGACGGAUAAGCGGGCGCGAAGUCGGCACCUGAGCAAGAGCCCCUCGUCUUACGACGGCUCCCGCAGAGCUUACAGCAGAGGUUCCUCUUCCCGAAGCCGUCCGCUCAGCGGCGACACGGAUGUUGGCCCUUCCGGCAACGGCCAUGCGCCCGAGCCAUACGGAGCAAGGACUCCAGAGAAUCGCCAGGACAAGGCGCAAGCUAGGACUGGGCUGGGCAUCGACGUCGAGGGCGCAAAUGAAUAUGAGGAAAAUGCCGUGUCGCCGCCGAAUGCCAGUAUUGACCCUGCCCAGAUUAUCAACAUGGCUCUUAAUCUGAGCGAAAGUAGAAGGCGGAACCUGGGACAUGGUCAACUGACCGCACCAUCGCUGCCGCGCAGCAGAAGAGGAACCGCCUCAGGCAUGGGGCCAAACAUACCCAUGCAAGGAAGCUUCUAUGACUACGGCAUUGGAGGGAGUCUCAAGCAGCAUCUGCAACAACAGCGGCGCGUCUCGCGCAACAUGUCCCCCACCAGUGGUCGGUUGAGCACGCCUGCCUCCCGACAUGUCUCCAUGUCAAGUCCUAAUGCUCUCAUGGAGAACAGCCUUGGACCGUCGCAUAACUACACCUUCACAGCAGCAACGCUGUCCCGAGCAGAGAAAGCAAAGACUUAUGUCGAACUGGGAGCAGAAUAUCGCCGGUUACUGCAAAAUCUUCCGCCGCUCAAGCCAGACAGUGAAGCCGGCUAUGCUUACAGUGCGUUCAGCUCCCCUGGCAGCCCGACAGUAGAGUUAAAGAAAACCCUUUCACGCACAGGUCCCGAUCCCCUUGGCCGACGGUACAAUCCUCUGCAAUUCAUCCGCAACAGGAAGCUUCGGGGCCGCGAACGAAGACAGCUUCAGCCCGAUGUCGUCGAUUUUGAAGACAUAGACAGAGUGAGACUGUGGAUUGACACUGUGGAGCAAUCAGCUUCCCGGCAGAGCUAUCGCCAAGAAGACAAGGUUCUUCUGCCUCCCUUCAUACCGAAUCCCAUGUUCCAGAGCAGCCCCGAACAACCGCAAGAGGGUGUCAAGAGACCGAGCGUCCUUUUGGGGAAGCAGAAACGGCCUCGUAUGGAUUGGUUCACCUUACCGACUGAGUUUUUGGCCGAUGCGGUGUGGCUCGAGAAAGACAACCACAAGAGUUUGAUUGAAGACAGAAAUGGCAACAGGAUUUUCCCCUCGCCACGUUCAGCAAGUGUACUCAACCCUCGUCUGAGCAGGGAUCAGACUAGACCUAGCAUGGACAAACGGCGCGUGAGCACUGCAGGCUCCAUGGCUGGCGGCGGUACCUUCUCAGAACCUCGGUCCAACUACUCCAGCGAAGCCGAAAGCCACAGAGGUCGUAAAAAGCGCCACUUUCUUCACUCUCACCGAGAAGAUAGUCCCGAACGUGGGAAGCGACUUGGCUGGAUCUCGCGUGGCCGCUCAAGCAGCUCCUCGGGCCUUUCUUCGAGCGACGAUGACAUGAGCGCAAGACGAAAGAAGCACGACCGCAGACUGAGCACCCAGGACGAGAAUAUCGGUCCUCUGGAGCGCCACAUGAAGACGCUGUUGGAAGAUGACGCACGUGCAGAGAGUGGGCUGUCCCCGAUCAUAAGCUCUCCAGAGAAACACUGGGGUGCCAGUCAAGCGAAGGCUCCAGCACUCCAUCGGGUAGCAAGCGAGACUGAGAGUGAUGUUGACCGCAGGGCCGGAGCAAAGAGGGCGACGAAGCGCUUGACCCUCAUGUCAAGCAAUCCGCCCGAAUCACGACCUUCCAUGGAUGGCCUCGAUUCAUCAGUGCCCAACACACCCCUGUCGAAAACAUUCAGCUUCGGCGCAUCCUCCCCGCCGAGCCGCAUAGCAUCGCCGGACCGCAGCAAGUCGAAGAGAUCCAAGCUGCCCUUCUUCCGUUCCGACGGAAAUGCGAAGGCUCCUAAAGUGGAUACUCUUGACUUUGCCCUUGACUCGUUCAGUCAUAGACCGACCAGUGGAGAGCCGACCGAACGUGGACGCCUUAGCAUCAGCAUUGACCAGCCCCGCCGUUCAAACUCGUUACCCAGGCCUAUGUUGUUGAAAUCGCACAAGACAACUGACAGCUUGAGUAGCCUUGCGUCCAUACAGGAAGGCAAGGUAAGCAGGGGCCGGAAGGAAGGGAAAGACAAGGAGCCGAGUUCGGCCGUGACCAGGUUCUUCAAAGACGUGGGACGAGAAGGAUCCAAGGCGAGGAAGUUCAUCUUCAAGAAAGACAAGCCACCGGAAGAGGCAGACGAGGACUCAUCGUCGGAUGAUAGCGACAUGUCAUCUACAUCAGACACGGAAGAGGAGAUGUCCAAGAGCGUUUUGAGACGCCGUCCAAAGCCAGCCUCACGGACUGGGACCGAUGCAGGUCUCUCGGAUGCAUCCGAUAUAUCAGAGCGACCACAAGGAUAUUCUCUACCGACGUUCAAGUCGGCCGCAUCACAGGACCAGAAGCGUGAUUCGUCCGCAGAACCUCGGCGUGGACGUACUCGACCAUCCCGUUUCGACCGUCUGGCACCUCCGCGUCUUGACACCAAUGUCAGCCGUUCAUCGUCCCCGGGCGUCAUCCAAGUACAAGCUGUGGGUAACGGUACCCGGGCCCGUUCCGAGGGCCCUGUCUCUCACUCUCGCUCCUCAUCCGCCGUCCGUCGCCGCAUGACCAAACUCUUGGAGCUGCCAGGCGGAGCCGGCCGUGCUGGGCUCCCACCAUCCGAUCUCUCCCGCGCCCCAGUCGACCGCAAAUACAGCGAUCGCUCGCCCGCUCGCCCUUCGCCGCAGCGCCACUGGAGCAUCACCGACGAGAACCUAUCGCGCCGGGCCUCAGCCUCAGCCCGCCACCCAUGCGCCGCGGCCACCAUCAUCGCCAACAAGCGCACCGACAUCGCCCGCAUCCAAGCCCUCCUCCUCUGCUCCGGCAUCAAAGCCGCCGAGCUCGCCCGCCGCGCCCACUCCGUCCCCGACACCCCUCCCCCCUUCCUCCUCCGCGCCGCCGAAACAGCAAUCGAGCACGCCGACGCCGCCGACGCCGCCGCCGCCGCCGAUGCCGCCACCAAUCCCCCUCCCUCCAACAAGCAAGACCUCCUCAAACACACGCGCCUGAUCCCCUCGGUCGCCCGCAAGGAGCAACACGUCCUCGCGGCGCGCAUCCUCGCGUCGGACCUCGAAGCCGGCUCGGCCGCGCUCGCCGCCGCGACGGAGCGCUUCCGCGCGCAGCGCAUCCGCAAGCUGCACGCCCGCUGCGAGGCGCUGCGCAUCGAGCUCGGCGACCGCCUCACGCCGCGCUGCCACGCGUGCGCCGACGACGCCGACGCCUUCACGCGCGAGGUGACGAGCGGCGCGGCGCUGGCGGUCAAGGCCGUGGCGGACCGCGUGGACGCGAUGGGGCGGGCGAGGCGGAGGCGGAUGAGGUGGGUGAGGCGGGUGGGGUGGAUGUUGCUGGAGUGGUGCGUUUUGGGGGUCAUGUGGUGGGUGUGGUUGGUGGUGGUGGUGGUGCGGACGGGGUUGGCGGCGGUGAGGGGCGUGGGGAGGGGCGUGAGGUGGUUUUUGUGGUUGGAGUGA